CGAGAUGCGCGGAGACCCUCGCGGGGGCGGCAGCGGCCGCGAGCCCCGAUGAGGCCCGAGCGCCCCCGGCCGCGCUCCAGCGUCCCCGGCCCGAUGGAGGUCCCUCCGUGGGACCCUCUGCGCAACGACUCGCUGCAGCCGACGCUGACCCCGGCCGUGCCCCCCUACGUGAAGCUCGGUCUCACCAUCGUCUACACCGUGUUCUACUCCCUGCUUUUCGUGUUCAUCUACGUCCAGCUCUGGCUGGUGCUACGCUACCGGCACAAGCGGCUCAGCUACCAGAGCGUCUUCCUCUUCCUCUGCCUCUUCUGGGCCUCCCUGCGGACUGUCCUCUUCUCCUUCUACUUCAAAGACUUCGUGGCGGCCAAUGCGCUCAGCCCCUUCGUCUUCUGGCUACUCUACUGCUUCCCCGUGUGCCUUCAGUUCUUCACCCUGACGCUGAUGAACUUGUAUUUCACGCAGGUCAGUAUUUCUCAGGAGGCGGUCCGUGGACCAGCAGAAACAGAUUCAUGGGAAGGUUUUAAAAAUGCAGAUUCCUUGGUCCAUCCCAGACCCAACAGGUUGUCAUCUCUGAAGGUGAUUUUCAAAGCCAAGUCAAAGUAUUCUCCAGAAUUACUCAAAUAUCGGUUACCCCUCUACCUGGCCUCGCUCUCCAUCAGUCUCAUUUUCCUGCUGGUGAAUCUCACCUGCGCGGUGUUGGUGAAGACAGGAGAUUGGGAGAGGAGGGCUAUCGUCUCCGUGCGAGUGGCCAUCAAUGACACACUCUUUGUGCUGUGUGCCAUCUCCCUUUCCAUCUGUCUCUACAAAAUCUCUAAGAUGUCCUUAGCCAACAUUUACUUGGAGUCUAAGGGUUCCUCCGUGUGCCAAGUGACUGCCAUUGGGGUGACUGUCAUUCUGCUUUACACCUCCCGAGCCUGCUACAACCUGUUCAUCCUGUCAUUUUCUCAGAGCAAGAACGUCCAUUCCUUUGAUUACGACUGGUACAAUGUAUCAGACCAGGCUGAUUUGAAGAACCAGCUGGGUGAUGCCGGAUAUGUGGUGUUUGGAGUGGUCCUUUUUGUGUGGGAGCUCUUACCUACCACGUUAGUAGUUUACUUCUUCCGAGUGAGAAAUUCUACCAAGGACCUUACCAACCCUGGAAUGGUCCCCAGCCAUGGAUUCAGUCCCAGAUCAUAUUUCUUUGACAACCCUCGAAGAUAUGACAGUGAUGAUGACCUUGCCUGGAACAUUGCCCCUCAGGGACUUCAAGGAAGUUUCGCUCCAGACUACUAUGAUUGGGGACAACCACCUAACAGCUUCCUGGCACAAGUAGGAACUUUACAGCCAGACUCGAUUUUGGAUCCUGACAAAACCAGCCAUGGGUAGUACCAGUUAACAGUUUUAUGGAAUACUCCUCAGCUGAAAAGCUUCAGAAGACUAAUUUAAUGACAAGCUGAACUUCUAGGGCACUGUUCCUUAAGAAAUAGGACUUUUGAUAUUUUUAUCUGUUACAGGUUUCUAAAGGCUCCACAGUACUAAGCAAUAAUUUGGAUUGAUAAAACCUUAUUUUAGUACUAAAUAGUGAGCCUGGCUGCCUAUAUCAGUGGGUAUAAUUUAAACUUAAAAAAAAUUCUGUACUUUUAUAAAGAUGUAUUUUGUAUAACAGUGCUAAAAUAUACUAGAUUUUUGAGAAUGUUUUUGCAAUAUAUGUUGUAGUUUGCACAGAUUUUUAUGCAUAAUUCACUUUAAAAGUAUAUAAUAUAUGGUCUGAUGGUUUUUUAAGGCUUUUGGACUAAAAUGCUCCUCAAAUCCUUACCUCUUCAGGUCACUCAGAUUCUGCGCUCCAUGCUGGUAGACUCUAAAUAUAUUUUACAUCUAGAAAGCCAGUUGCACCUCCAGUGUUCAAAGUUAUAAUGUAGCAAGAAUAUCAAGAGACUACAUGCAAGGUAAUUGGCUCUUUACAUAGGUAAGGCCCAGAUGGUUGAUCCCUCAAAGAAUCUCUAAAUUUUGCCAAAGUGUGGUACUCCGGUCAACAGGGCACUAAUGUAUACACUUCAAUGAUAAGUUGAUGUUAAAAAUAUUGACUUAACUUAUACUAUUAAAAGUCCUCUGCUAUAUUCAGAGAGUUUACAUAGUUUCCAACCCAAUGAAAUCUAAUAUCUAUUACCUCAGGACUUCAGCAGGACUGCACCUUUCCCACCUCACUAACAUUCAUUACAUUCAAGGAACAAAAAAGAGGCUCUCAAAGGGUAUUAAUAAUAAAUACCCCUGGCACUUGAUCCAGACUAUGUGGUAUCCUAACAGUUUUCCUGUAAAUUCCAGCCAUAUUUAAAAUAAUGUCCUGUAUUUGAAAGUAGCUCUGAAAGCAGCCUGCUGGAAACUGCAUGUUUUAAAAUGGGAUUAGCACUGCAACCCUAUAUAGCAUGUUUCCUGUCUCAGCCAGGUACAAAGAUGGGUUCCAGACAACUGCUUCUAGGUCGUCUUUAAGUGAAACAUGUCAUGAAAUACUAGUUCUGCAACCAUAAAUGCCAUUCUAAAACUUGAGAUUAUUUACAUAUACAUAUAAAAUUUAUAUAACUAUGUAUACAUAUAUACAAAUAAAUAAAUAUGCAUUCUGUGGUUGUAAACUGCCUAUUAUAGGAGACUGUGGCAUAUGGUUCUUGUCAGGGAAGGUAAAAGCUCUGAUUUUCUGUAAAACAGAGAUAAGAUAUUAGAGGAAGUACUGUUACCACAGAGAAAGGGUCAUUCUGCUCUGCCUAAGAAAUCCCAUCUCAGGACAAAAGGAGGGGCAGAUGAAAGGAACUUAUUAUCUAUCUACAGGAUGAAAUCCAUUUUAACUGUCUUUCACUUCCGAUUUUGGUCUUCAGGAACAACUGGCUCUCUGGUGUUAUUUCACAGAGAUCAAGUCUACUCCUCCUAUCUUGAUGGUAUUUAAAAAUUGGGAUAUAUUGGGAUCUCAAUUUUUAAAUGAGUCCCAAUUGGAUUUUUCACUUAUACAAAACAUCUUUACCCUUCAUAAUCCUUUAUAACAACAUUAUUGCCUUUGAGUAUAUGGAAGGAUUUGGAUCAUGUAUCAUUUAAUAUAGUAACUGUCAGGGAAAAAUUCUACACUGAAGCGAAAUUUGCACAGAUUAUUCAGGUUGCCUUAAAAUACUGUAAGUUGUUAUUCUCAAUAGCUUUAGGGACCCCCUACUUGUCACACUUUGUUACUAAAACAGGAGAAUUUAAAGGCAGACUCAGUAUAUGUUUAAAACUAUGCUUUCAGAAAAGCCCUGCAAUUCUUCAAUAUUAGGUCAUUCAAGGGUUGAUGUAUCUUCCAAAAUACAAUGAUGAAAGUACCACUAAAAUCAUGCAAUUAUUACACUCAUCCUAUAAUGCAUAAACCUUUAUUAUUUGUUAUUACUGGCAGGAAAAUUGAAAUACCUAGCAUUAACUGAAAAAAACCACAAUUUAUUAUGAUAAAACUGCUAGUACUUACUUGAAUGAUUAUAAAGAUGUUCUUAGUGCUCACUUUUCCCUUUAAAAACAUGAUGCCAGAGCACAACUACUGUAAACACAUCUAGACUCUAAAAAACUGCAUCAAACUACCUUCCUCUCAUAGUAAAUGACCACAUAUACCCUGUGAAAUACUGUACAGGUAUGGUGUGGAAAGGAAAACAGAUUCUUUUUAGCUUCCUAAUUUACUUGUGCUGCUGACUAUGCUAACAAAGCUACCUCAUAUGUGAAACACUAAAGGCUGAGAGAAGGCAAAGAAUGGUGAUUACAGGUUGUAAAAUAGUCAAAUGUCUUGUUUUAUGGCAACAUGAUGAAAUUAAAACCUGGAUCAUUUGAAAGUUAAAAAUGGUUAAGAGGCAAUUAUCAAUGAAAAUUCUGUACUGUCAUUCAUGAUUGAACACUAUAAGGCUGUAGGAGAAUGUUUCUGUAGUUAUUGAAAUAAUGGGUGUCCACUUCUGCAGUUACUUGUUUAAAAAUUCCAGCUGAUCUGUGUAGGUAUCUUUAGUUGGCUCUUUUUCCUUUUUAUAUAAUUGAGCCAUUUAACUGUGUCCAAGAUGAAAAUACCCAGUGUGUGUUACAUGCAGAACUGUGGACUGCAAGUUUUGAUUCUUACAGCAUUUACAUCAGUCACAUUUAGUCAUGCCAGUUGUCUCUUGAGUAGUAUAUCAGGUACAUUAGUAACUAUCCUGGCCACCAUAUUUAGCUGCUUAGAUCAGGCACACGUGCAUUGCAUCCCCAGAUUUCCUUUUACCCCAAUCCAGAAGAACUGUUCUUUGUUGGCCUGAACACCUAAGCUCUAUUAAGAGGAAAGGAAUGUGUCAGUAAACCCUAGAGUGUGCUAAGUGCUUUGAUAUCUGUAUUUACAUAGUGGAUAUGACUAUAAUAUUGCUUCUGCUUUUUUCACACAGGUGAAUAUAUAUUAGAACUAAGUGGGUCUGAUUGGAACUAUAAAGAUUUCCAACUAAAGAAACUAAAAAAAUACCUUGCUUUCAUUUGAGUACUGCAUGAUAGAAUAUAGACUAGUAUAGGUCUGAUCAGACACACAGCUAAUAUACAUUUCCAUUUUUCAUCCAUGGAAGCAAUGAACUGUUUUAAUUAAAACCAUUUAUUGUGCAUAAUGCUACUUAAGACUUCUCAAUAUGGAAAGUCCAGAUAGAGGAGCUGUUAGAAAGAUCAGGCUAAAAUUAGUGGACUCCUCAUCAAAGACUACAUGGAAUCCUCAUCAAAGACUACAAACUGAGUAGAGGAAAUAUUUAUUUAAAAAAGGACAGUGAGGAUAAGGAAAUGGAAUUCAGUCCGUGUCCACUGAGUGCCUAUCAUGUUUUAGACACCGGGCUAGGUACUUGUCAUGCGUCUCUGGGGCCACCCUAUAAACUUAGCACCACCCUUACCUUAAUCCUACUCUUUGCCCUAGCAGGGGUAUAUGAAGAGCCCCGGCACCAAAGGGUCAAAAUACUUUCAAGUCUGUUAAUGAUGUCCCUGUGCCCCCAACCUAGAUCUCUUGUGCUGAUUCCCCAUGCCAGUCGUUCAGUUCCUCUGCACCUGGGUACUGAUGGUGGGGUCAUUCAGUGUGGGGUUCUGAGAUUGGCUGCAUGUGUCAUCAAGUAGGGGUUCAAAAUCCUUGGAUCCAAAUCCAGUGACUCUACAGUUCCUAACGAUAACUACCUGGUUCCUUCAAAGCUGGAUUCCUUACCUCUAUUCCUUGACUGUGGCUGGGACUCAGCUUCUAUUUAUUUUCCCAGAAACUUCUAAUACCUUUCCAGCAUUUAUUUAGCUUCCAAAUCUGGUCUACUCUUUUGGACCUUGGCUGCCCUACCACUGAGAACACUGGACUCCAUCUCCAGAAUGGAUUUUCUGCCUCUGAACGUCAGCCUAGUCAAAACCGAAGAUCAGAUGCCUGCUCUCUUCAGCUAGGUCACAGAUCUAGCUUGUCUUUGGCCUCUAUGAGCCUCAGAAUCCCUCCCUUUCUCUCCUGAUCCCUAUUAUUAUGACUUUUCUUGCCCUUGAACCCCAACUUCCCGUGAACCUUGCCAACCUACAAUAGUCCCUCCAGUCUCUCUGCAGUCCCAAAGCAUGGUGCUGCUUGAAGGCAUUAAUUGAUGUGUAAAAAGGGUACAUUUAGAAUAAACAAACAAUGCUUUAACCAAGGCUAUUCAGUUUGGAUACUGAGUAUCCCUGGUGCUAUCCUCUUAGUGAAUUCACUAACCCAGAGUCUGGGCUUCAGGUUUGCAGACUUAAAACUUGUCAAAGGGAACAGAACACUUACCUGUUUGGAGGUAUAUUCUGUGGAGGAAAUCCACAUGAAAAGUUAAAUCAUUUAUCAGAAUGUUGCAAGUUGAAUGCUGACUCUGUUCUGACCAAAGGUAGUGUUAGGUGGAUGUAACUGCUUUUAAUCCAUCUAUGACAACUUAAUGGCACUGUCAAGGAGACACUAAAAUUCAUUUGCAUUGAGGACAUCUUUUCAUAGACAGGUUUCUAUGUUAGCUACUCUUCUUCAAUUGAAAGAUUCUUUCUCUGGAUGCAGUCUCACUAUAAACCAGAUAUAACCUAGUUAGGUUAUGGACUUCCUAAGUUACACAAUGGCAGGGAUAUUUAUUUUGUUCACUGCUGUAUUCUGAACUCCUCAAACAGUGAAUGAACUGUCAAAUCCUUUUCCUUUGGUAGAUAUUUUUUUAAGUUAACUUCUUUCACUUGUACUUUUAUACAUUGUAUAUUGAUUUUACAAGUUUAAUACUCAUUUAAGGGCCCCUACCUGUAUUCUUUUUUAAUUUUUAAAUUUUGGUAUCAUUAAUCUACAAUUACAUGAGGAACACUAUCGUACUAGACUCCCCACAUCAACAAGUACCCUCCACAUACCCCAUUACAGUCACUGUCCAUUAGCAUAGUAAGAUGCUAUAGAAUCCCUACUUGUCUUCUCUGUGUUGUACAACCCUUCCCAUGCCCCCACCCCACAUUAUGUCUGCUAAUAGCAAUGCCCCCUUUUUUUCUCCCUUAUCCCUCCUUUCCCACCCAUCCUCCCCAGUCCCUUUCCCUUUGGUAACUGUUAGUCCAUUCUUGGGUUAUGUGAGUCUGCUGCCAUUCUGUUCCUUCAGUUUUUUUCUUUGUUCUUAUACUCCACAGAUGAGUGAAAUCAUUUGAUACUUGUCUUUUUCCGCCUGGCUUAUUUCACUGAGCAUAAUACCCUGUAGCCCCAGCCACGUUGUUGCAAAUGGUAGGAUUUGUUUUCUUCUUAUGGCUGAAUAAUAUUCCAUUGUGUAUAUGUACCACAUCUUCUUUAUCCAUUCAUCUACUGAUAGACACUUAGGUUGCUUCCAUUUCUUGGCUAUUGUAAAUAGUACUGUGGUAAACAUAGGGGUGCAUAUGUCUUUUUCAAACUGGGCUGCUGCAUUCUUAGGGUAAAUCCCUAGGAGUGGAAUUCCUGGGUCAAACGGUAUUUCUAUUUUUAAUUUUUUGAGGAACCUCCACACUGCUUUCCACAAUGGUGGAACUAAUUUACAUUCCCACCAGCAGCGUAGGAGGGUUCCCCUUUCUCCACAACCUCGCCAACAUUUGUUGUUGUCUUCUGGAUGGUGGCGAUCCUUACUGGUGUGAGGUGAUAUCUCAUUGUGGUUUUAAUUUGCUUUUCUCUGAUGAUUAGCAAUGCGGAGCAUCUUUUCAUGUGUCUGUUGGCCAUCUGAAUUUCUUCUUUGGAGAAGUGUCUGUUCAGAUUCUCUGCCCAUUUUUUAAUUGGAUUAUUUGCUUUUUGUUUGUUGAGAUGCAUGAGCUCUCUCUGUAUUUUGGAUGUCAACCCUUUACCGGAUCUGUCAUUUAUGAAUAUAUUCUUCCAUACUGUAGGAUGCCUUUUUGUUCUCUUGGUGGUGUCCUUUGCUGUACAGAAGCUUUUCAGCUUGAUAUAGUCCCACUUUUUCAGUUUUGCUUUUGUUUCCCUUGCCCGGGGAGAUAUGUUCAUGAAGUCACUCAUGUUUAUGUCCAUGAGAUUUUUGCCUAUGUUUUCCUCCAAGAGUUUUAUGGUUUCAUGACUUAUAUUCAGGUCUUUGAUCCAUUUCAAAUUUACUUUCGUGUAUGGGGUUAGACAAUGAUCCAGUUUCAUUCUCUUGUAUGUAGCUGUCCAGUUUUGCCAACACCAGCUGUUGAAGUGGCUGUCAUUUCCCCAUUGUAUGUCCAUGGCUCCUUUACUGUAUAUUAAUUGACCAUAUAUGUUUGGGUUAAUAUCUGGGCUCUAUUCUGUUCUACUGGUCUGUGGGUCUGUUCUUGUGCCAGUACCAAAUUGUCUUGAUUACUGUGGCUUUGUAGUAGAGCUUGAAGUUGGGAAGCGAGAUCCCCCCCACUUUAUUCUUCCUUCUCAGGAUUGCUUUGGCUAUUUGGGGUCUCCUGUGGUUCCAUAUGAAUUUUAAAACUAUUUGUUCCAGUUCGUUGAAGAAUGCUUGUUGGUAUUUUGAUAGGGAUUGCAUUCAAUCUGUAGAUUGCUUUAGGCAGGAUGGCAUUUUUUUUUUUUUUUUAGUUUUUUGAGGAACCUCCAUACUGUGUUCCUACCUGCAUUCUUAUGAAUCUUGACAAAUAUCCAAACUUUUGGAUAAAGAAUUCAUAAUGGAAUAAGGAAAUCAUUUUAUAUGAAGAUUUCAAAUCACUCUUAGAGGCUAAGUCUUAAAAUAGAAGCACUGAGAUAAAGUUGUGUCUGCACAGGCACUACACGUCCUCUGCUCUGCCCUCACCUGCUGGGACACUAGCAAAUAGAAAUAUUGAAGUAAUUAACACAACAGGUAGCAAAAGGUCUUUAUCAGGUAAAAUAUCAAACUAAAAUAGUGACACAUCAAGUGGUUAAAAGUAUAACCCUUGAGAGAAAACACUUGAGUUGAGCAGAAUGUUAGCAUGAUCCAUCUGUUAAAGGAUGUUUUUUAAGCUCAUAGAGAAUAAACAUGAACAGCUAACAAGAAUUAUUUUUAAAAAAGUGGGGGAGAAUAAGAGAUCAUCAACAUACCAGAUAUUAAAACAAGGAGCCUGAGUACUUAAAACAAUCUGGUACUGGUGUAUAAGUAAAUAGGUCCAUAAAAUAGAGAACCCAGAUACAGAAUUAAAUUCAAAUGGGAUUUUAGAUAUAAACAUAGCAACUCAAACUAGUGAAGAAAAAAUGAAGUGUUCAAUAAGUGGUGUUGGACUAACUGGGUAAUCAUCCAGAAAGAAAUUAGGUUGGAUCCACAGCUCAUACCUACUGCCAGAACAUACUCCAAAGGAAUCAAAAUUUAGAUCUAAAAAAUAAAAAAACACAAAAUUCUAGAGGAAAACAUAGGUGAAUUAUUGCUGUGGAAUGAACAAGGCAUUCUAACUGUGGCUCAAAAUCUAGAAAUCACUAAAAAAUUCAUAAAUAAGAUUGCAUAAAUAA